GGCCGUCGGCGCUUUGCAUGGCGGUCGCUGUAGUUACUUUCCAGUGCGUCGUUUUGAGUAGCGGGCGCAAGCGGGAGUCUCUGUAAACUACGGUUCCCAGGGGCGACUGCUACUUUUCGUUUUCCGAAAGAUUUCCGCAAGAGCAAUGGCGAGUCGCAGCUGUCGGCGGAGAGGGUGCCGUGAACUUCUGAAGUGAAGCACAAAGUGCAGGCCAAAAUUCAGAGCAGGAGGCCGCCCCGAUUCUUCUUUAAGGGCGCUGUCCUGCGGCUCCCCCUGCUUUAGAGGCGAGGACCCCGGGAAGACUGGUGGCACGCAGGAGAAACUUUUAGUUUAGCAUAAAUCACGCUUCGGCAGUAGCACUCUGAAGCCGUCUCUUUUGCCUCAGCAUGUUUUGUGCCUCGCUUGUGCGAGCUCGGCAGUGCAGCGAGAAGCUGCAGAUCUCGCCAGGGAGGUGGCUGCUUGCGCCCUCGGGAAGGGCGCUGUCGGGGACCUGGCCGUGCCCGAGGUGGGGGCACCAGCCCCCCCGCAGGGAGCCCACCUCGCGCCCUGCUGUGCUUUUGCAGGGUGCGAAACAAAGUCUCUGGACGCAAGCGGGGGGUCUGAGAGCUGGAAAAUCUGGCGAUAGUAGCAAACACGUAUCUGUGCCAAGGGAUCAAAAAGAAGAAACUCUACUGUCGGCUGCUCAGAAAGUGAAAGAAGCUGGAAGAGACUUCACCUAUUUUAUAGUGGUGCUUGUUGGAAUUAGUGUUACAGGUGGUUUGUUUUAUGUGAUUUUUAAAGAGCUGUUCUCUUCUUCCAGUCCAAGUAAGAUUUAUGGAGAUGCCUUGGAGAAAUGCAGAUCUCACCCUGAGGUAAUUGCCGUUUUUGGUGAACCCAUUAAAGGUUAUGGCGAGGCAACACGACGAGGAAGACGACAGCUUGUCAGUCACAUUGAAUACAUAAAGGAUGGACUGAAACAUAUGCGUUUGAAGUUCUAUAUUGAGGGCUCAGAACCAGGAAAGCGGGGAACAGUCCAUGUGGAGGUCAAAGAGAAUCCUGACAGAGGAAGAUUUGAGGUGCGCUACAUAUUUGUGGAUGUUGACACCUUUCCUAGAAGAACCAUUAUCAUUGAAGACAACAGAUAGCCAAAGAUCAAAGUUGACCAAGUUGCUGUUUCAUCUCCCUGAGUACCGGAUGCGUAGCCUGUAUACACAUGAACUGUGUAGUGUUCUCAAGGAUAUCUUGAAGCAUUGGGGUUGUGCUGCAGGAUGUACUCUCUAAGGGCCUCCAUUAAGGUCUUUCCUAAUAACAGAUACAGGGCUUGAGGUCAAGGAAAUGAAAAAUAGAGCCAUCACUUAUGGCAACUACUUUUGACAUAGGAAAAUAAUGGCACAUAAGGAACUGUUUAAUGCUGGCUAAUAUAUCUGCACACCCAAAAGCUAAGUCUUCCGAGGUUUGAGAUCUGGGGAGGUUUUUGUCUUCCUUUGUUUGGAUUUUCCGCUAGCCUUGCAAUAAAUAAAUUGAUACUGAAAAGUGUA